AGGCAGAGAAUCCAGUUUCAGGUGUUAUCUUGAGCUGACAAGGACCUUAAAGCAGACCUGCAAAAGCCAUGUCGCACAACGGCAUUGCUGACAUGAGGCAGAUGAUGGUGGUCAUAUCCACAGUGGAGCAAUGGUCCUCUCUGAAGUCUCUGCAGCAGGACAACUCAGGGGACAAGCAUCUCAAGUUAACCUUCAGUUCUCUGGGAUCAAAUCAAGUCUGUGACCUGACAUUGGAUGGUCGCUUGAUCAGCUUGCUUUAUGCAGAUUUAAAACAAGACAUGACAGAGGAGGGCAUCAGCCAGGCGUUAGAUGGCUGCUUUAAGUCUUGUACCGGUGGAAUCAGUACAUUCCUGCUGCUGAUCCAAGGUGCACAUUACACAACGAGGGAAAGGAGAAUGGUAGAGACACUGCAGGCACACUUUGGAGCUGAGGCUUUAAAAUACCUGGUGGUCAUCUCUCUGGAAGAUGGACAGGUUGCUGACACACUGGACGACGCACUCCUGGAGAUGCUAAACAUGUGCGAUGGAAGAUACUGCCGAAUCACAUCAUCUGCAGCAAGAGACGAACUGCGCGCUCUACUGAAGAUGGUCGACUACAUGCUGGCUGAAAACGGUGUGACCGGCUACACGGAGGCCAUGCUGACGGACGCUAAGAGAAGGAGCAAAGAAGACUCAGUCUUGAAGAUGCUGAAACAGAAGGUGCAAAAGGUCGAGGAGGAGGAGCAGGCGUUCAAGCAACUGGUUCAAAAACAAGAGAAGAGGAGAGCCAAAGAGAUGGAGGAGCUGAAGGCGAGACAUGCUGAGGAAAGAAGGAAGGAGGCAGCUGAUAAACAGCAAUAUGAGACAAAGAGAGGGAGCCUGGAGGAGGAUGUGAUAAGCCAAAGGGCCAUAAGGCAGCUCAAGAUAAGUGCCACUGAUGAUGAUGGCACAAAGAAGAUGACGGUCAUCCUGUUGGGUCUCUCUGGCAGCGGGAAGUCGUCUGCUCUAAACCUGAUUCUAGAGAGAGCAGGUAAUCAGUACUCCAGUAAUGAGUCUAGUCACAAAGCCCCUCAGCCCACCUUGUUUUGUGAGAGGAAGGAGGUGUUCGCAGCAGGGAGGCGACUCAUCCUGGUGGACACCCCCGAGCUGUGGGACGAGGACGGGCUGGAGAACUUGGAGGUGGUCAAGGACUGCUUGGCUUUGUCCUUACCCGGACCCCACGUCUUCCUGCUGGUGCUCCAGGUGGGGCGCUUCACCCAGGGCGAGUGCGAGAUGCUGGGCCAACUGCAGAAGGUCUUUGGACGAGACUUUGCAGAGCACGCCGUGGUCCUCCUCGUUCGCUUCGACUGCGACAAUCACAGGCCUCAGAAGAUCAACGACUACGUGGCCGGAGCCCACGCAACCCUCCAGGAUCUCAUCCGGAAGUGUGGGAGCCGUUACUAUGAGCUGAAUGUCACAAAGUCCCAGAAUGCUUUGAGCUAUCCUCAGGUGAAAGACCUGCUGUCAGGGAUCAACAAGGUGGUAGCUUCACACGGAGGACGCCCGUACUCAGUCAAGAGAUUCUCUGUGCAGGAGCUGCAGGAGAGGAAGACAGUGAUCGGGAAGAGGAAGGAGGGGGCUCUGGAGGGGAACUACUUAUUAAGAGAUGCUUGAUUUCUAUACUCACAGGCAGGGAGGGGUGAACACAAUAAAUGCAACGCCUGUAAAAUGUGAUUAAAUGUGUGAUUAUAUCAUUUGUUUAUUUUUGUUAAGAUGGUGUCAGAGAAGAGUUUAUUCAAUGUGGAAUCAGUCUAGCAGGGAUUUAGCACUGGACUGAAUUACAUUGCAAAUUUAUAGCUUUUAUAGAUGCAGUCAUUGGGAUUUGCUUGCAGAAAAUUGCCACCGGGGGUGCUGUAUAUGGCUGAAUUUCAUUAAAUCUCAAACCAUUGCAAUUUAA